CGAAAGAAAAAAAAAAAAAAAAAGUACGAAAGUCGCCACCGUACGAGAUCCACUUUUUUUCUUAAGUUAUAUAUUUUCCUAAAUAUUUUUUUAAUUUCUUGCCAUACCGUUUUUAUACGGCUGUCACGUGAUGCAAGCUGCAUGCAAAGCCAGUUCUUGUUUCUAGAAAAUGAAAGCGAAAGCAUCCUGAGACACUUGAUACAGUUCAAAACUAUACGGAGAAUCAAAGUGGAAAUCACCAAUGAAGAAUAACCAUGGAUCUGCUGCCGAACGUUUUUCUAUACUAUUUUGUAGCACUUGGUGUGCACUGUGUCCAUCAGAUCCAAUGGCUGCCCUGUCAGUUUACAGAUGAGCACGUGAGCCUCAAUAAUGAGGGACAUGUUGAUACUCAGCUCAUCCACAGAGAGGCCAUGCUGCAAUUCGGUCAAAAAGGGGACGCUCCUGUUAAUCCACAUGCCAUAACUUUCCUGAUCACAGGAUCCAAGUUGGACCUGCGGCGGCAUCUGGAUGGGGUGGAAGCAGAUCACCUGGAAUGUGAGUUGCGCAGGUACAGCACAGAGGGCAUCCAUGUGCACUGGCCCAGCCAGGAGGCCAAAGAAUACAACCGAUGGUUCACUUGCACCGUCAAACAAAACAACGGCCUGUUCAUAGUCAUUGGCUUCCUCAGACACCCAUCAGACCAGCCUCCACCAGGACAGCAGGACUACCGCAGCUGGCCCACUAUCGCUGACACUGAGAUCCUAACAACAUCUGUUGCUGUGGUAACCAAAACACAAACUCCAUCUGUGAAAGCCACCCUGAGUUCUCAGCAGAGGCUCCACUGCCAGUUUGCCAUUGACCACCGUGGAGCUAAUGUCUCUGUGGAGUGGCACCGGCAACAUCGUGGAGAGAGGACCAAACUCUUCAGCCACAACAGCCGCACGCGGCAGAGCCAGGGCUCCGGGGUUGGAGUGAAGGCCCUCGCAGGAGGAGAUGCCUCCUACACACUCCCCUUCACUAAGAUGAACAGUGAAGGAACAUACAUUUGCUCUGUGUCUGUAAAUCCACUGCUUGGGAGUCAGGACAUAAUUCUGCAAAUUGAAGAGCCUCCCCGUGUCUCCCUGAACGUGGGACCUGUUCUGUCUCUGCUGGACGGCACUGACCACAAGGUUGUUUGUGAGGCAGAUAACUACUACCCUCUAGAUGUGGAGAUAAACUGGUACGAGCAGGACCCAGCUGUUUCAGGUCAGCGGGUCGGGGCCCCGCUUCCUAAGAUGCUACAGAACAUCCUGCUCUCCAGCCACAAGCACAACCAGGACAUGACCUACUCCGUGUCGGCCUUCUUCUACCUCCAGGCAUCCCUCAGAGUUUCAGGGAAGCAGUUCACAUGCAGUGUCUCCCAUAAGUCCCUGAGAGUGCCCAUCAAGAAAAGCUUCAUCCUGAAUGUUGAAGAGCCGACCAGUUGGAUGUUCUACCUCAUUGUUUUCUUCAUCUUGUCCUUACUGCUAAUUGCUGUGAUGGUGUCUGCCCUGCACUCAGCAACUAAGAAGUCUAAGCAGAAUAAACCCUACUGAGCAGCUGUGCACCAUGAGGAGAAUCAACAGCACCAGCCAGAACUUUCUGACUCCUUCCUUCGUUUGCAGUUUUGGAUUUCUGUAAAACCUGUAAUUUUUAUGUCUCAAUGAAUUUUUUGUAAUUUUAAAGGUGAUUAUUCCUGGAUAAAGACACUUGAUAAAUUAACAAACAAAAAAUUAUCUAAGUUUGACAAUUGGAUGUGUCUUGUGCCACUAGUGGAAGUAUAGAGCAUUGCUCCCUGCUUCUGAGCAUGUACAGGAGAAGCUGUAUUUAGUAGCAGAGAUACAGUGCCAUGCAGCAAUGCAUAACUGACAGAUUGUCGUUUUGCAGCCAAAAUGUUGUGGUAUAUAUCGGGGUUUCUGGCAUAGGCCAACUUAAAGUAGUGCAUAAAUGCAAAGAGGAAGGAAAAUGAUGCAAGUGUGUUUGCUAACAUUUUUACUAAUAGAAAUUGUAAAAGUGUGGUGUGCAUUUGCAUCCGACUGAGUGAAUACUUUGUGGAACCACCUUUUGGUGCAUUUUCUCUACCAGUUUUCCAUAUCCACAAACAGAAACCUUUGCUUCUUCGCUUUGUAGCUCAAGCUCAGUCAGAUUGGAUGGAGAACAUCUGUGAGCAACGGUGUUAAAUGUUUGCUAAAUUCCUAACUGUAAUUAGGUCUGGACUUUGACUGGACCAUUUGAACACAUGGAUAUGCUUUGUUCUAAACCAUUCUGUUUAGCUCUGGCUGUAUGUGUACUGCUGUUGUCCUGCUACUGAACCUCUGCCCUAGAAUCAAGUCUUCACAGCCUCUCAGAGGUUUUCUUCUAGGAUUGUCCUGUAUUUAGCUCCAUCCAUCUUCCCAUCAACUCUGACCAGCUUCCCUUUCUCUGAUGAAGACAAGCAUCCCCACAGCAUGAUGGUGCCACCAGCAUGUUUCAUUAUGGCAAAGGUUGGUUCAGAGUUUUUGUUCAUUGUAGAUUUUUAGCCACACAUAGGGUUUUCCUUGUUGGUCAGAAACUUACAUUUUAGUUUAAGUAGACCAGAACACUUCCCACCCUGUGUUAGUUGCAUACCCUACAUGUCAACAGAUUCCACCACAUGAGCUGUUCAUCUCUGCAGCUCCUCCAGAGCUUCUUGGCUGCUUGUCUGGUUAAUGUUCUCAGUUUAGCUGGACCGAUAUGUAUUGUCAGGUUUAUAUUCCUUCCUUGUCUGCUGUGUUCCUUGGUCUUCAUGAUGAUGUGUGGUUUUAAAGUAACUGGCUGAUUUCUGACAACUACUGGUUGCACCAGAGUUUCCUAUUUUUAAAGACAUUUGAAAAUCUUGUAUAAUUUUUCUUCCUCUUUACAAUCAUGCACUACUUUGUGUUGGUUUAUUGGACUAAACAAACAACCAUGAACACACACACACUCACAUGUAAAGGUAAUUUAGAGAAAUCAGUUAACCUAACUAUGCAUUUGUUUUUAGGGGCUAGGUCAUCUUCCAGAGGAAAACAAGAAGGCUCUUUUAGGUUUUUACAAGUUUUUGCUUUGGUUUCAUUCUGUAUGUUUCCUGUAAUGACAGAAAAUGGAAAAAUGUAUUUGGUAAAAAAGAUCUUCAGUCACAGUUAGCCUGUGGCAUAUCACACACCGCCAUUAUUUAUGAGUAAAACCAAGGCAGUGCAGGACAGCUUCACUCCUUCCUGUUACAUUGCAGCUGUAACAAACGGUCAGACUUCCCUUUUAACAGUUUUCUGUGGCUUACUUUUGUGAUAUUAUUUCUCUUCAUAAACAAGGAGGUCAGUAAUGCUCAGUCGGUGCUGUACCCUUUGCCAGGUCUGAUGAUGGUAAUGGAUGUAAAUAUGUGACUACCACAGUGGCCCAUUGUAAUUCACUUGGGAAAAAAACUGCACCGGUCUUUGUUGUUGAAGAGAUAAAUGUAAUAAAUACAUAAAAACA